AUGUUGGGGAAUCUGUGGAUAGUCUGCCUCUGUAUCUGCUUCUCCUGGACCGAUGCUCAUAUAUGGGCCUGGAUGCUCAACAUGCCUCACAGUCCUCCCAAAGAAGGAGCAAAGGCACUGAGAGAAAGUGUUCCUGUCGCCAAAGCAGCCACGGCUGUGUGCGACCAUGACAGGGCCUGUGGGCGAGGUUUCUCCUGCGAUCGCCACUUUGGUCUUUGCGUGCCCCUACGAGGGGAGGGCCACUACUGCCGGAGAGACGCCCAGUGUGUCCGCGGACUCAGCUGCAUGUUUGGGAAAUGCCACCGCAGCAUCCCCAAUGGGCAAGAAGGUGCCAGGUGUAAAGUCGACAGGGAUUGUGGGGCAUCUAUGUGCUGCGCCCGACAUCACGGCGAGCAGGUGUGCAAGAGACGGCUGAUCCGUGGCGAGAGCUGCUACGUGCCUGACGGCGGCCUGGCGUUCAGCAUAAACCAGAUUUGCCCGUGUGAUGAAGGGCUGCUGUGUCGUGAAAACAGCGCACCACACAGGAGAGAGUAA